CGACGUGCAAUUCGUUUUGAAGAAGCCGAAACGAAUAACUCCAAGAAACCACUGACGCCCCGAGACCUUCAGGCAGAUCUAAAAGGCGUAACAAUCUGGGGAGUUGACCCUGGGGUGACUGACGUUUUCGUGACAGUGGAUGGUUCUGGAGCAGAAGCGCAUCGAAUUCGCAAGAUCUCCACUCGCGAAUAUUACGAUGUUUGCGGAUAUAACAAGGCCACCUAUAAAGAGGCAAUACACAGAAGGCGCUCCGGAAGUGAAGAAGAUCAUCGAUAAUCUACCAUCUGUAAGAACAGCGAGUGGUCAUCGUUUCCUUGAACCCGUUCGUGAUCGAUUACUACAUCAUCGUACGAUUUGCGCUUUUUACGACGACGGUAACAGGUACGUGAAUCUCUAUAUCACUGUUAUGUCAAAGAUUAACAAGCUGAAGCUGAAACCAUACAUGGAUAAACAGAAAGGAACCGCCGAGAUUGCGAAUUGUCUCCUGGCAGGGAGCAAGAAAUACGAUGCGAAAAAACCAAGUCCACGUCCCACGUCCGACAACGGUAAACUGGCAGCCAGCAUGUCCCAAUGACACGCCGAGUGAUCAGAAGAAUUCAAUCAUUGUUGCAUAUGGAAACGCCUCAUUUUCGGGAACAAUGAAGGGAAAGUUGUAGUGCCCUAAAUGCGUCAAUCGUGAAAAGGUUGAAGCAACUUUCUUGGACAAAGUUAAGGAACGAACAAGAAAUAGUGAAGCGAAAAGCAAUAAACAUA